ACUUCGUCAUCCUCAACGUGACGUCAUCACCGCGCGUCCUCUGUGGCUGCAGACCCCCUCUUGUCCAUACCGCAGUGUUUACCGUCUAAUUCAGAGACACGCGGCCUUUGUGUGGACCUCAGCGGACUAUUGGCUCGUUACUUCGGCUCCACGGAGAACAAACUGGUCUGUUACCGCCGGUUUACUUCAACAUGGAGUCCGGAGAGUCCGCGGAGGAGAAGACGGGUCCGGCGUCUGCGGCUCAGCGGAGAGCGGAGAUCCGCAGGAGGAAGCUGCUCAUGAACUCCGAGGACAGGAUGAACAGGAUCGUGGGCUUCACCAAGAUCGAGUCUGAAACCAACGCAGGAGCGUCUCUGCGUCCGACAGAACCUCGCUUCCAUCUCGAUCUCGACAGAACAGAGUGGUCCUCGUCCUCAUCUUUGCAGAGGCCGGCUCCUUUCCUGCCGGAGGCCUCCGGGCUCGGCAGCCGCUCCCACAGCGUCACCCCAGAGAGAAGGGGCUCGCCCCUGCCAGACAGCAGUGAGCCACACGGAGGCUCUAUAGAAGAUGACAUCAUAGGGGUCCGGCAGAGACCCAGGGGGGAGCGGGCAUCGGACGACAUCAGCGGGUCCCCGCGCAAGGGCCUCCAAAAGUACCUGUCUCGUUUCGAUGAUGCCAUGAAACUGCGAGGUCAGCUGGCCAACGAGAAGCCGCCCCAGGACGGAGAGUCCGAGCCAGAGGAGUUUGAUCCCUUCAUAGUCUUCAGGCUCGUCGGCAGCAUCCUCCUCGCCAUCUUUGUCAGGGUUUUCGUCUGCAAGUAUCUGUCUAUAUUUGCUCCGUUUCUGACCCUUGAACUGGCCUACAUGGGGUUGUCCAAGUACUUUCCAAAGGUAGAGAAGAAGACCCAGACCACUGUGCUAACCGCCGCCCUGCUGCUGUCCGGCAUCCCCUCUGAGGUCAUCAACCGCUCCAUGGACACCUACAGGAGGAUGGGCGAUGUCUUUGCUGACCUAUGCGUCUACUUCUUCACCUUCAUCCUCUCCAACGAGAUCCUGCUCCUCGUUGGCUCAGAGACUCCCUGACGGAGGAGCAGGACCUCACUAACCCAGCCCUCCUUCUCGUUGACCCCUCCUUCUGUUCCCCAUCGCAACAAGGCAUGCUUAUUUACGCCCUCUGAUGUGGGUUUUCUGUCGACAGUCUGGAAAUGAAUCCCUGCCGUCUUAUGACCAGGGUCGCGCCUCAGCUGCACGAGAGCUCAUCUCUACAGCACUUCAGAGUUUAACCCAGGCUCAGCUACAUGUAACCAGAGAGUCCAGUGUUUGCUACAGAGCUCCAUGUUAUUUCUGCUCGCUACAGACGCUCGGAAACCUAAGAACAGUCUGUGUUUGUGUGACAGAUGUACAGGCGUUUAUAAUGACCAGUAAUAUUUAUUUUCAGGAAAUGGGAAACGUGGAAGACAAUUGGUCUUAAAUUGCAAAGGGUUCAUUGAUUCCAUCUGACUUUUGUCCACCUCACAUGAAUCUUGAUGCAUCAUCUUGAUAAAAAUCUAUCCUACAUAUUCUUCAUGUGUGGAAAACAAAAUCUGUCAAUUCACGGAGCCCCACGCUGACAGGUUAUGUGUUGUGUUGCUGCCCUCUCUGGCAAGUUUUGACCGAAUUGUGUAAAACGAGGUUCAAACUGCAAUUCCACUGCAUGCUAAGAGAGAGUAAUAAGAGAAACUGAAUUAUUGCCUGAGUCCUCCUUUAUCCUAAUAAAUCCAAAUGUGUUGCAUAAGCUAGACAAGGUGUCAAACUCUCAGCUAAUAGAAACCUGACUCCUCAGCAGGCGCCUGACCUUUAAACCAAAUCUCAAACAACACUAUGGAUGCCCUUUUUUUUCAUUUCAGCUGUGCAGAGGGUUAGAAAGUUUGGGGUCGUUGCAUUUUCAGUUCAUCUCAUUUUAAAACAUGAAUCUAAACUGCCACAAACCACUGUUAGAAAUGUCAUGUCAUGUUUUAUUUACACAUUGAGUUGUCUAGUUCCUGAACCAACUGAAAUGCAUAGGAAUUGACCACAACCUUGGCGAUGAGAGGGUUACUGAGGAUCUUGGCCUGUUGUGACUGACCGUCGAUGACUGAAUUGAGUAGAGGGCUUAAUACAGGUGGUUAACUGUUAAAUACUUUAUAGUUAAAUUGAAGUUUAGGUACAUUUGAAAACAAGUGCUAUGAGAUUAGUUUCAAUAAUCGGAACAACGGAUUUCUGACUUUAUCCUUAGGAUUCUGAUCAAAUCUUUGGAUUAUUUUAUUCUUUUUCUGACUUUCUUCUGUGAUUAAUCUGAGAUCUACCAAAUUUUUAAUGGUUUCUUUCCUCCUGAACAUGCAUCAACUAGCAGGAAACGCAGCGGUACAGACUCUGAAGAACCUGCAGCACGGCUGCAUGAUUUUUCUGUUGAUAAAAUAAAGAGUUCAGGAAGAGAACCCCCCCCCUUAAAUCCGCCUAGGUUUAAACACACUAACAAUUAGAAGAGAAACAGCUUAAUGGAUCUGAGUAUCUAAGAACAAAAGGCUGGAGGGGACAAAUGGGUCUAGAACUGUUCAUUUUCUUAAUUGCAUCAUUAAAAAAUGUUGUUAUACUGAGGUCACAGAACAAGGAGGAAAAGUUACACACACAGUCCUUAAGCUUUUGGUUUGUUAAAGAUUAAAAAGAACAGUUUUGUAGCGUCAUCGUUCACAUUCAGGAGAUGAUGAAUUCUUGAUUGGGUGAAAAACAGAAAAAGUGAACUUGGUUUGCUAGAGCAACAGUCCCGGAUGAUAUGAAUCCUUUAUAUUUGUGUUGUGAUGGACUUCCUCAUAGGCUGUGGUUUAGGUCUUGUUUUCCAAUGCGAUCUCACCUUUUGUUCAAAGGGGUCCAACUACAUUAUAAACAAGUAUUUUACUUUGUGUAAUAAGUCAGAAGAAGCAUUUAGCCCUUGAAUGUUGAGUGAAUUAUUUUUGCACGGCUUUAAAAGGCAGCAAACUUCAUAAACUGUUUGUAGGUAAUGAAAUGUGCGGUUGACGGGAAUGUGUUGGGUUUUACUCUGAAGUUCUGUCAGUGCAGUUUCAGUGGGAGUUUGUGCUCUUAUUUGUGUCAAUUAAUUCAUGGUGACGUGUGCUGCUUCGCUUCCUGCAGGCCUCACGCAUAUACAUACUUUAUAUACAGUGUACUCUGUGGGUUUGUGCUGUUCAUGUCCUCUCUGAAUUUCAUCCUAAUUAAUUUAUUAAUGUGAAUAUUUCGUUUUCAUGUAAACGAAUUGAUGUGAUUUAACGUAUCUUACUACUUAUCUAAGCUACUUGAUUGUUUUUGAUAAUGUUUACAGAAUAACUGUUUUAUUGGCUCUUACAUAUUUCAACUUAAGCAACAAAUUCAGUGUCGACAUGAUUUAAACAGUUUGUGCUUCAAUAAAAUACACAGGAUGAAUAACUACACCAUUCUUACCAAAUAAAUACAACUUGUGGGACAAA